AUGAAAAGUAGAUUUCAGGUCAUUUCAAGUUUUUGUUUGGUGGAUCAUUCGAGUGGACACAGAAAAGUGGAUACUACUACUACUACUACUACUACUACUACUACUACUACUACUACUACUACUACUACUACUACUACUACUACUACUACUACUACUACUACUACUACUACUACUACUACAAACAGCCGAUGUUGGCAAUAUCUUGUCUCCAUCCUUAAUAUAGGAACAUGGAAACAAUUGUGA